GCGCGCCGGUGAUCUUGCGUCCGAGGUCGGCAAGAACCAUGGCUGAAGUAGAACGAUUGAAAGAUGGAAGGAAGAGUGAGCAGUCCUCUUCCUCUUCUUCUUCUUCUUGUACAUUCCCUUCUGAUUGAAACAAUGCCGCUGUGUGAUAUUCCCCCUAUGCAUGGCGCGCCGCCAGUGUCGCUGCAUUACGUGGUUGAGGGCCGCGGGCCGCGUCGGAUUCUGUUUGUGAUGGGCCUGGGCGCGACGCUGGACGGGUGGAUGUUCCAGCACGCGCACUUUGGCAAGCGCCAUCCAGACAAGUACACUGUGUGCGUGUUUGACAACCGCGGCAUUGGCGAGUCGGACUACAACUCGACCGUCAACUCGACCUCGAUCAUGGCGAACGACGCGUUGGCGCUCCUCAAUCACCUCGGCUGGCACUCGGACGUCCACCUCGUCGGCAUCUCCAUGGGCGGUAUGAUUUCAAUGGAAGCGGCAUCCCGCGCUCCCGAGGUCUUUGCGUCGCUCACACUCGUCAACACGCAUGCGGGAGAGUGGAGACCAACUCCGUUGGCAACCUCGGCGCUGUUUCUGCGAUCCAUGACCGCAAAAGAUACCACAUCACGUUUGGAAGCACUCUUCCGGCUGCUUCAUAGCCAUCGCCUCGACCCCAAGGGGCAGCGCGGGAAGGCCAUCAUCGAAGCGCUUCGCAUGCGCAUUGCGAAAGGGCGUCCUUCUCGGUUUGGAUUUCUCGGACAGCUUGGGGCCGUCUUCCGCCACUCGGUCUCGGCACGUCGACUCGCUGCGCUCAAGGCCACUGGACUCCCAGUCCUGAUCUGCGUCGGUACGGACGACAUUCUUGUCCGCCCGCAGCGAUCGCACGAUCUGCACCGCCAUUUGGGUGGAGUGCUUCGUGUUUUUGACGGCGUCGGUCAUGCCCUUGUCUCUGAAGCGCACGACACGUUCAACACUGUUCUGGAAGAUCACGUUCGAGCCCACGACCCGGCUGACGUGCACGGCGUGCGUCCCGUGGCGCGGGUGCCCAACUUUGACACCCUGCCGGCCAUUGAUAGCCUGUUUUUGAUGAUGGAGUCGCCCGAAAACUCCAUGUCGAUUGCAGGUGUGAGCAUGUUUGACAGCAAGGAUGCUCCAUCACACGCAGAGCUCAUCACGCUCCUCCACAAAUGGACGCACCAAUUCCCUCGACUGCGCCAGCGAGUGAUCAACUGGCAAGCCGAUGCAUCCUCCUCGGCCAGCGGACCGCUGUCUUGGGUUGACGACCCAACCUUUGACAUUACGCGACACGUCAAAGUCAUUUCAGUCACGCCCGAAUCCCGCCUGACCGUGCAAGAGGCGAUCGGUCGCGAGCUGUCGCGUCCGUUGCUCCGAGACCGCCCGCUUUGGAAUGCCGUCUUGUUCGAUGGCGUUCCCCUUGCAGGCGUGACCGCGGCCGACGGCAAGACCGUGUACGGCGCUGAGGCUCGGGGCACUGCCCUGUUCAUCCAGCUCCAUCACGCCAUUGCUGACGGCGGCCUGAGCGUUCAUAUGAUUCUCGCCCUGUGCCAGGACUCGUCCACGGCCGCAUCAUCUGCUGCUGCGUCUGCCUCUGGCACCACAAGCACGCACCCACACAAGGCCGAUUCCGCGGACAACUUUGGGUCGACUGCCCCGCUUGCAGUGCAUUUGCAAAAGCACGACCCACACCAGCCCAUCACACGGGCAGAUCCCGCUUUGGUGAGCCGAACGUCCGCGGCGGAGAGCCACGCGCGUGUGGUCGAGCCAAAGAUGCAGCGCAAGCGCCACUACGCGCAAUUGCCGGCGCUCCGGUCGCUCUACUUGCUCGCGUCGUCCGUCUGGGCGCUGCUGAUUGGCAUUAUUGCAUGGCUCGUGUCUGCUGUCGGAGUCGGCAUCAAGAUGCUUGGGGUCAACCGUCUGGGACAGAGCCCGCUGCUGUACAUGGACGGCACCCCGCGAUCGAACGCGUCCCUCUCGUCCGUCAUUGCGACGAGUCAGCAGCGCUUGAAUGCUGCUCUCGACUGGCUCUCGCGAGGGGAGAGCGUCUGGAGUGUCAUGAAUGCGCUGCGUGGCCACUCGGGCGUGGACGUGCUCAGGCGGCUCAGCCAGCACGCUCAGUUUGCGCGGGUCUGAGACUGACUCGUUGCCUUUGAGCUUGCCGGGCAUGACGCCGACUAUCGCGACAGUAUUGCGUACCCCUGACGAAGCCCAAGUGGGUUGCGUGGACCAAGCCACUCAACCUGGUGGAGGUCAAGCGCAUCGGUCGCGCAUUCGGUGUCACCGUCAAUGAUGUUCUGGUGGCGUGUGCCGCUGGUGCGUUCAAUCGCGCCUUCCAGAUGUCCCAUCCGGGCGCCAUCCCUGCCGAACUGCCGGUGCUCAUUCCGUUCAACAUGCGAUCGCGCUUGUCGUCGCCCUUUUCGACCGCAGCCAUCCCCAAUGAAGCGGGCGUCGCCGCCUCGGCCAACCGCCAUGCCUUUGCCAAGGCUGCGUCGAGCAGUCCCAAAAAGGGCGCGUCGGCCAUCAAAAUGGGCAACCAAUCCACGAUGGUGUGGUCCUCGCUGGCCACGGGCUCGAAUUGGACGGCAGCUGCCCGUCUGAGCGAGACUCGCCGCCGCAUGGACUUGCUCAAGCAAUCGGCCGAGCCAAUGCUUGCGUGGCUGACCGUCGCCCUCGUCGGUCUGAUGCCCACCGCGAUUUCCAAGUGGCUUGUCGGAUUUUACGGAGACAAAGCCGCCGCCGUCAUCACCAACGUCCCCGGUCCGCAGCUUCCGCUCACGAUCGGCGGCCACCGCUUGCUGUCCUACACUGGCUUCAUCCCAACCCCUGGCGCCAAGGGCGUCGGGCUGACCAUCUUUUCGUACAAUGGCUCUGUCUCCGUCUCGAUGACUGGCAGCUGCCGCCUCAAGCCAUCCGUUGCCACGCUCACUGGCGCGUUUGAAGAUGAGUUUGCUGCGCUGACUCGUGCGGCGAACGACGUCCGGUGAAUUGUUGUUGUUGUUGUUGUUGCAUGAGAACGGCAUUUGUCAAACCAAAAAAAAAAAAAAAAAAAGGACUAUUUGCCCUUGAUGACCAUCUCGAAAUCGAAC